AUGAGAUUAACCCCCGCCACGUCGAAAGGAAAGAUAACAUGGACCCUGCACGUGGACGGCUCCUCCAAUGUCAAAGGAGGAGCGGUAGGGAUCAUCUUGGAAUGGCCCAAUGGCAUUCUCAUCGAAGAAUCCCUAAAACUCGAUUUUCAAGCCACCAACAAUCAAGCCGAGUAUGAAGCACUCCUAGCCAGCUUGAGAUUGGCCCAUUACGUUGGAGCAACAAAAAUCCUUUGCAAUAGUGAUUCCAAACUAGUGGCGGAACAACUGGCAGGCACCUACCAAGCUAAAGACCCCCUCUUGCAACGAUACCUUCUCAUAGCCACUAGCUAG